AUGCGCAAAAGUAGAAAAGCUGAGUUCUCUUCCGGUUCACGGCUUCGACUGCACGAUGGCUGUGCGUGGUGAAAAUGUGUCUCAGACUACCGAAAAGGCAGUCUAUCAGCUUGAAGACAGCCACCAACAGAGCGACUCUGAAGGAGGAACUAUUGAUGGAGUCUCAGAUGAAGGAGAAAACACAGACAACCACGAUGGCGACGAAGCGGACAGGGAAGAGGAUGAAGACGCCGUCGGUGGAUGGGCCGACGCCAUGGCAAAGAUCCUGGGGAAGAAAACUACGCUGAACAAAAGCAGCAUCCUGGUUAAAAACAAAAACGCAACGGAGAGAAAGGAGCAGCUGGAGAAAAAGCAACAGGUUGACAAGAAGAAAAUGUGGGAAAUGAUGUUUCGAGAAAAACCUGACAUCGUGCGGGAUCGUGAGACUGAGAGAGCGCUGCAGAGGACCGCCACCAGAGGGGUGGUGCAGCUCUUCAACGCUGUGAGAAAACAUCAGAAAAACACGGGUGAAGCGCUGAGAGAGGUGGGCGGCUCUGAGAGAAAGAAGGCAAAGAUUAUAUCUUCUAUCUCAAAGAAGGACUUCAUCGGUGUUCUCAGGAGGACAGAAGAAGGAAACAGAGUCUCUGUCAAGACUGAGAAUAAUCUUCCUCCAGCUUCGGAGAAGAAGCCCGCGUGGAGUGUCCUGAGAGAGGAUUUCAUGAUGGAAGCCAGCAUGAAAGACUGGGACAAAAAUAGUGACACAGAGGAGGCUGAUCCCAACAAAGGAGUAAGGAAGGGUUCAAGUGAUUUGGAUUGAAUCUUCCCGUACAGAAGGACUGAAUACUGACGCUUCUGAUGCCCUGAGACACAGUCUAAUAAAGGGGGACACUGAACUGCAAUAUAAUGCAAAACUAAUCGUUAACAUCUCAGUUUGGAUGUUAAUUUGCAACAUUUUAUUAUUUCGUUGUCACCUUCUUUGUUUAUGACCCAAAAGAAUGUAAAUAUUCUAAAAUCAUCGUUUUCAUUAAGCACCACUGCAAAAUAGAUUUGUAGCAUUGGGUAUUUCUAUGUUGUGAUGUUCUACAGGAUGCUGCUGAAAACAUGUCGGAUAAAAUCAAAGAAAUGCAAACUUUGUAUCCUCAGUCUAUUCCCUGGUUAAUAAAUGACUCAAACUUCA